AUGGCUACUGUAACUAUAUCAACGCCUAUCAAAUCCCACAAGGGUCUCUUCUCUACCCGUACCGCCGGCGGGCGGAUCCCUCUUACCCCCUCCCCUCGACAGUCAGGCAAUGGCGUGAACUCGUCACCGUUUACUCCCGACAAGCAUACCAAAUCGACCUACGGGGGGAACCUCAUGGCGCACUUGGCUCGCUCCUCCUCCAAGAAUCCCCAUCGCGAGUCUCCAAAGUCCAACAUUGCCCGUACCGUUUCUACGCCUCGCAAAGCUCUUGAGCUUGGUGUAUCUGACUUUACUCUCACUGGAACUGGUCUAAGGACGCCCGGCAGUGCCAAGUCAAGGAAAGCCCCUUUGCGACAAAAGCCCGCCAAGGCCACUAUCAACUAUGGUGGCGACCGCUUUAUUCCUAACAGGGGCGCCAGCUCAGCCAUUGCUAAUGCCGGUUCCAGCAAGCUGCCGCGAAGUGACCGUCAGCGGCCAAAGACCACCCCAGCAGAUAGCUCCUCGGUCCUAUCCUCUGCAGCCGAUGAUGCAGCCGCCGCGCUGGAGGGCCUUAGCAUCAAUGAUGAAGAAGCGGAUAACUACUCUCGUCCUUCUCCCAACACUGUUGCCUACCAAGACUCCUUGGCCAGUGCGUGCGGAGUCAAGCUCAACACUCGAAUUCUCGAGUUCAAGCCCGCACCCCCCGAGUCAUCUAAGCCGAUUGAUCUUCGUCAACAGUAUAACAGACCUCUCAAGCCAAAUGGAGCCAGCUCUGCUCAGCUACGACGGCGCAUCGCUACUGCCCCUGAGCGUGUUCUUGACGCUCCUGGACUCAUUGAUGAUUAUUACCUUAACUUGCUCGACUGGAGUUCUGGAAACCAGGUUGCCAUCGGUCUUGAGCGCAGUGUCUAUGUCUGGUCUGCUGACGAAGGCAGUGUGAGCUGCCUUUUGGAGAGUCCUGCAGACACUUACGUCAGUAGUGUUAAGUGGUCUGAUGAUGGUGCCUAUGUUGGUGUUGGUCUUGGAAGCGGUGAGGUUCAAAUUUGGGAUGUUUCCGAGGGACAAAAAAUCCGCAGUAUGUUUGGCCACGAUACCCGUGUUGGUGUCAUGGGAUGGAGCAAGCAUCUGCUCUCUACCGGUGCCCGCAGCGGCCUGGUGUUCAACCACGACGUCCGUAUUGCUGAGCACAAGGUUGCUGAGCUCGUCUCACACACUUCCGAGGUUUGCGGCCUGGAAUGGCGUUCAGAUGGUGCUCAACUCGCUACUGGCGGCAACGACAAUCUCGUGUCCAUCUGGGAUGCCCGUUCGUUGUCUGUUCCCAAGUUCACCAAGACCAACCACAAGGCCGCCGUCAAGGCUCUUGCCUGGUGCCCAUGGAACAUGAACCUGCUAGCUACUGGCGGUGGUUCUUACGACCGUCAUAUCCACUUCUGGAACUCCACAUCAGGUGCUCGAGUUAACAGCAUUGAUACAGGCUCUCAGGUGACAUCUCUUCGAUGGAGCCCUCAUUACCGAGAGAUUGUCAGCUCCAGCGGCUUCCCAGACAACUCCCUCAGCAUCUGGAGCUAUCCUACUCUUGUUCGCAACGUCGAGAUACCUGCUCAUGAGAGUCGUGUUCUUCACAGCUGCCUGAGCCCAGAUGGUCAAAUGCUGGCCACGGCUGCUGCUGACGAAAGCUUGAAAUUUUGGAAGGUGUUUGAGAAGAGAGCCGGCACGACCUCUGGCAUCGGUGGCUCUGGAGCCUCCGGCAAGGCUGAUAUGGCCAAGCAUAUGACCAUUCGGUAA